AUGGAGGAGAACACGGAAUGUGAUAGUUUGUAUCCGCAAAUGUGCCAACCGAUCCUGACGCUGCAAGCGCUGCUCGACUUUGACAAAGGGCCCCACCCGUGGAGGAAUCUGGUCGAACCGAUUGCACCCCGGUCCCGGUCCCGCCAUCUAGGCGAACGGUACCAGGUGCUAGAGUUUGCCGACGAACCGGUCACGUACGUGGAGAACGAAUCCCGGCCGCAGGUGUUGCUUUGUCACGACUUUAAGGGUAACUAUCUGAACGACAAGUACAUCAACGGUGUGAGGGGAGAGGAGCAAUGGGUGGAUUACCGGUUCUACAACUGGGCCGCGAUCGACAUCUUCUGCUACUUUAGCCACUACUUCGUUACGGUGCCGACGCUCCAGUGGCUAAACUGUGCCCAUCGGAACGGCGUGAAGGUUAUCGGUACGCUGAUCGUGGAGCAGAAAAAUGUAUCCAUGCUUCGGGACAUACUGCAGUCGGAAGAGUUUAUGGCGCGUGUCGUGGAAGCACUGGUAACGGUGUCCAAGGUGUGUCAGUUUCAUGGCUGGCUGCUUAACAUCGAGUGUGCGCUAGAAUCGUCCAAAGUUGGGAUGCUGCUCGACUUUGUCCAGCUGCUGACGGAACGCUGCCAUGCGGAGAUACCGGGCAGCUUGGUAAUUUGGUACGAUGCGAUCGUAAAGAACGGGCGUGUUGACUGGCAGAACGAGCUGAACAGUGCGAACGAUUCGUUCUUUCUGGCGUGCGAUGGUAUCUUCCUGAACUAUGCCUGGAAUCGGCAGAAGCUGGAGCGUACGGAAAACUAUAUCAUGAACUACUGUCCCGAUCGGCGGCUCGAUGUGUACGUCGGAAUCGAUGUGUUUGGCCGCAGCCAAAAGGCCCAAAUGGACACGAACGCACCACUCGAGCAGGUGAUGAACUUUAAAUUUUCUGUCGCACUCUUUGCACCCGGGUGGACCUUCGAAUCCCUGGAAGAAUCCUCCAAACGGGACCAGCUCGAACCGGACGACCGUAAUGUACAGUUUCUGCAGAUGAACGAUCGCUUCUGGAACCGACUGUGGCGCCAUCUGUACGUCCGCGGACCGAUUCGGCUCCCGUUCUACAGCUCGUUCUGUCUUGGGUCGGGCAAGUUUUACAACCGACUCGGCAAAACGCAAUCGGACGAGUGUUGGUUUAAUCUGGCAAAGCAAAACUAUCAACCCUCGAUCCCGUACACACCACCGCUCGAGUACGAAACGCGCAACGAUCCACUGUCCCACUGGACGCAUCACUUUGACGGUGCCCUGGACGGUGGUUCGUGUCUGAAGCUGCGCAACGACGAACACGACAAGCGGCUGUUUGCGUGCGAUUUCCCGCUAGCCGACGAUUUGAUCGUGUGCUACGCCCACCGGAGCACCAACUCGGCCACGGUCGAUCUGGCACUGGUGCUGAAAGCGUACAAUUCCAGGCGGCACGAGUGUUUGCGGAUUGUGUGUGCCAAUGAAGACUGUCACGUGGGCGAUCGUAGCAAUGAAAUGCGCGCCAUACCGCUGGACAAGGAGGCAUCGCUGCAAUUGCUCAAGUUGGGCGCUACCUCACAACUGCCAUUAGCGGACACGAUUAACGGGUGGGAAAUCAGAUACUACUAUUUAUCGGCCGAACAGCUACCACCGGGCAUACGGAUUGUAGAUAUCGGCAUCAAGCUGCACAAGCAACCGGAAGCACGCUCUACCGAUUAUGCACUGCUCGGUGCUAUACACCUGCAGGCCGGCAUACCGACCCAUCGUGAUUAUUUGUCCCAGCGUACCGUACUGUUUUUCGACCGUUCCGAGUGAUGGAAAGUGAC